CGCAGGUUCGAUCAGUCUGAAAGCGGCGUCAGUUGCGAGCGGUUUACACUUGGCGACAGGUGCGGCUUUUCGUCGAGUAAUCCGCCUGAUCGAUCGAUCGAUCGCGCGCGCUUCUGCGAUGUCGAUUUCGGUCCACGUUAUCUUGCGCCAGAUCUGUCAUUUACCGUUUUCAGCCAGAUCGGUGCAAAGUGCACAAAAACCACCAUCGAAUAGCUCCUAAUUGAAUUGGCAACAAUCGAUAAUUUGUGACGUGAAGUGCAUAAUUUAGUGUGAUCCCUACCAGGGCAGGCUAUAUCCAUCGGGCAGAGUGCUCCUUCGUGGGGCCAAGUGAGUUUGUGCAACCAACUAUUCGCAAACGGCCAAGUGAGGUGUGAUUUAAGCCAUGUUUUCGCCUUCGUACAAAACGGAUACCAGCAUAUUCUCCUUCCCCUGCUACAAACUCUUUCGUAUUCAGAUACAGAUACAGCCGACAAUAAAAUAACAUUAAAAAUCAAAUUAAAAAACUCGAUACCGAUUGAUAUGCGAGGCACAGACUUCGAGUCGCUUGCCCUAGCACAAUAUUUUUAUGGCAUUAUCGAAGGUCGAGAAUCUAUCAGCCAAGGUGUGUUGCUGGUACUUGGCAAACGAAAGACUUGGGCAACGAACUUCGGACGUAGCCAGCUCACCGGAAUAAUAGCUUUCAUAAGCUUAUGCACAUUACACGUCAACUGAAGUGCUCAGCUUGAUUUAUUUAGAUGCGUUAGGUUUUAAUCGCCAUUCGCAGCGCACUUUCACCAACUUGCUGCAGCCUCGCGGAAUGAAGUCAUAACCAAAUAGGCUUACGACCUGCUCCAGCACAUAAAACACGACUUGUCUAGCCAUAAAAACACUUGCCAAAGCCCGAAAAUAAUUUGAUUACCGCGCACUCCUCUUGGCUUUCUCCGCCGCUUGAUCCAAUUAGUUUUCGGUGGGCCACAGUGCAGAUAUAUGUAGCUGAGGACCUGGGCAAUCGAAGCAGCUGCCACCCACAGAAGUGCAAUGAAACGGACUUACAUGGCGGCAAUGUGUCAACAAUGGCUUGUUAGCAAUUGCUUUUUAGCCAAGUGUGUGAGUGUGUGGGCUUCGAACAGGGGUAUGCAGCUGAAAACACCUUAUUGACAAGAGACAUUUGACUCGAACUGCACGUGUGUGUGGGCCGGGGUUGAAAUUUAUCUCCGAUUUCUAAUUGCCUGACAUGCCAAUUUAAAUCUAAAGCUCACCGAUAGCUCGCCGGUUCUGCGGCGCAUUCCUCCGCGGUUUAUAGCCCGGCCAGGGUGGCCAUAAAACGAGCACUGCAAUUCGAUCUGCUUUUGUAUGGCCCGUCCGGUCCAACUUAAUCAAUUUUCGCACUACUGCUGGCUCGAUUCCGGGCUUUAUUGAGAAAUUCUUCAUAAUUAUGUAGCGUCGGCCGGCGGCGGUUUGAAAUAAAACUGUGCUUUAUGGCCGAGUUGCGGCAACUAGUUGGCUCAAUUAUGGCUCUGCUGCAUCAACUUUCUCCCUCACUUUGGGCCAACUGCCACGGCUGCUUAACCCCAAUCGACGCCUCUAACUGACUAACUAACUGGCGUGUUAAUUUGUUAGUUGGUUAGUUUACUCCGCACGCAGCCAUCUAGCCACACAAUUGCCGGAGCAUGAAGCCAAGAUGCUCUGGCUAUCGGAAUCUUAGAUACAAAGCAGCCAAAGAAUCCCGCCUCGGAAUAGAUUGGCCACUUUACAGUUAUCGUCUUGGUGUUGUUAGCAUAACAAAGGUCCGAGUGGGUCAACAACCUAACCUUCGUUAUGUCAAUCUCGUCUGUUUUCCACUAUUUGCAUAUUACACAUGUCUCACGUCCAUUUAAAGACGCAAUUUAGGAACCAUUUCCCAGCUAUUCAUCAUUGGCAAGCGAAUUUCGGUCCGUAUGCAUUAAUUAGGCCGCGUUAUGAGCUUUUAAGGCGGGAAGUCAUUAAUAAGUAUUAAAUCCGUCGAUGGACGUAUGCAAACGCCAAUUCGAACUGUCAUCCUGUCAGUUCGCGUUAGUUUCCCAACCAUCUUCCAGGCAGAUAAGAACGGGUUCCCCAGAAAUUGGAGCAACGUUAGCUGGUCCGCUCGUUUCCUCUCACCCAAAUUGUAGUUGUAUUUGAUUGUGUUUGACAUUUAACACGAGUGCGCUGCAGAUUAGACUUGCCACUGCCGCCUUCCGCCCACAAGGUUUUCAUUUUGAAGGCGUGUCGGCUCGAUUUUCAUUUCACUUCGUUUUCCGCGACCGGAGCCCCGUAGAGUCGAACGAUUUUCUAACUGGCUGCGAUCGAGUUUUAUGCGAGCGCAAUAAAAAUUCGAGAAGGAAUUCCAUUUCUGCUCAGAGCAAUCAAUUUCGAUGGGGACAAAGGCCUUUAGCACCCCGCUCCAGCGAUAAGUCAGGCGUGAGAUUAUUAUCCGAACCUCUGAAAUAUGAGGCCCAGACAAUGGCUCAUUAGAUCGCUUGGCUUUCGCCCAAACUAGUUUGGCUGGCAGGCCUAAACUUUGUAAUUAUUACGGCAUGGCCCAGCCGUAACUUCCAGAGGCUAAAAUUAUAGUUCGGCCGUAAAUAGACAAACAAGUUAAUCCAUUAGCGAGUGAGACAUCUCGCCUGACUGCCAAACAGAACCGGAAAGAACCCAACUCCGCAGACCGCUAUUAGGUGCAUAUAUCUUAUUGUUUAUAUUGUCUCUUGGCGGGAUUCGUAUGGUAAUUUCGGAAAAUGUGCCAGCUGCAUAGGAACAUCAGACUGCAUAAUAAAUUAUGAAAUUUUACAGUUGCCGCCGCGCUGAAUGAGUUGUCACGUCUGCGGCUUUCUAAACCACUUAGGUAGGCAGCUAUAAGUCCAUAGAUAUGUCGGAUUCUGUGCUGCUGAAUGGGAUUCUUGAUAACUUGAUAACACUAUUUCAACCCGUUCAAUAAAGACUUCUCGGGGAAAUGCGGCUCAAGUGGGCGCAACACAACACACAAAACACAAAAGGUUGAGUGCUGCGGUGAACGGCUUAGCUGCGAGUUGGGAAAGUAAACCAAGACAAAGCAAUUGACUUUUUAACCUGCAUUUCUGUCUAUUACACUCCGAGAAAAAUCUACAUAAAUAGUCAUAAUAUUAAUUGCGCCAGACAGGCCAUUUUCCACGCAGUUUCCCAGCCGCCGGCUAUGAAAACUUGAACCCCGGCAAAUGGCCGGCAAUAAAAGGCACCAUAAAGCUACCAUACUUGAGUUUAUGCCGUAUGCAAGGGGAAACAGCACUGGUCAACUGGGUAAUUCCUAGUGGGGAUUGAUGACAGAGCCGCCAGCCACUCAAACUAAAGCAGAGUCGAAUGGAGAAUUGCAGUUAACAGCAAUUCAAUGCCAACUUCUGCAGUUGCUUCGGCUGAGGUGUGUGCAAACGCGCAUACGCCCCGUUGGCCUAGUGCGAUUGCAAGCAGCCGCUGCCAAUGGGUCAGGCAUUAUCAGAUAUUAACGCCGGCAAUUUGGCAUCGGAUAAAUUACGCGGCAAGCAUCGAUGGCGUCACUUACACAUGUCGAACAACCGCCAUCAAUAAAUACUAACGGCGCCUCGCGGCAUCAACUCCACAUCGACAUCCAAAGUGCGCCACUAUAUCUGGCAUAUGGCAUCUUGGAUCUGGGAUCUUGGAUCUGGGAUCCACAGCUUUCCAUCUUCUGCCUUGGACCAACCGCCGGAAGUCUUUGUUUGGGCAUUUGCUGGCCGCCCGGCUCCAGUUUUUCUUAUGAUUAUUGUGUGAUCGCGUUUUAAUCGCAUCGGGGAAGAGCUCUUUGUGGCACAUGUGAAUCAUGCGCAAGUGCCGCUUUUCCCAUUCGAAGACCGGUUUUCCCCACUUACCCACUCAUUGGGCUCUAAUCACACCCGCUGUCUAACUGCAAAUCUGGCCGGGAUCGCGUGCUGCGGCCCCGACUUUGUUGCGGUUGGAAAUCAUCUUCAAUUUCUGUGCUAGCCGGAAGCCAGUUGCUCCACUCGGGCGGCUAUGAUUGCGAUUCUUUUUGUUUAUAAUUCAAUUACAGGCCUCCUUCGCUCAGAGCCUCAAAUUCUUCCGCGCAAAUGUCGAGUCUUCUGGGUGGAAUGUGUGCCUACGCUGCUUGUGAGAAAACGCUAUAAUUUCUCUAUUUGGAUGUAAUGAAUUCAGAAACUGAUCUAUUUAUGGCACUCUAACAUGAACUACCACUUAAUAAUUUAAAAGUUAGAACAUUCAUCCUUUUUACAUAUUUUCGUUUGGAUAAAGACGAGUCAAAGAACAUUCUGCAAAUAAACAAAGAGCAAAUUUGAAAUUAAAAUGUUGAUUAAAUCAUUAUAUGUUUCGGAAUAUACUCAAAAUAUUACAUUGAGCUUCACUCGAAAUCAACUUGAAAUGACAGUUUUUGUUUGUCGGUAGUUUAGCAUUGAAAAUGGUUCCAUUGACCGUUUAACAUUAAAUUGAUUUGUCAAUACCGAACUGCUGUCGCUCCGUUUUUAAGCUGUGUACUGUGAUCUUUGAUCUCGAACUCUUUGGUAAUCUGAUAAAUAUUGCCUCUGCUCUUGAUUGGCAGCUUUUCCCUGGCAUUGAUCUCAUAAAUACGAGCCGAGGCCCCGCUUUUUGUCGACUCCAUUAAGGGGUCGGCGAGCACUAAGCUAAAAACAGCUUAAUGCACUGUGGGAUGCCUGGAUACUCGCAGCUAGAGAUAGAUAUAGAGAUAGAGAUAGAGACACAGAUACAGAUGGAAAGCACACACUCAGGAUACAUGUGGUACGUGGAUGACGGUAAGCUGCAAUUGCCGCAAAGGCAUUUGGCUACCACUCAAGCAGCUGCGGCAGUCACCGCUGAUGGUGAUGAUGAUGAAGAUGAAGAUGAAGUUAUUAUUAUCUGACAAGGGCAUCGCCGCGAUGGAAACUGCAGUGGCUCGCACUUAGCGGAGCUGUUUUCCACGUUUUCCACCGAUACCUGCCUCUACGUGUCUGCUGUCUUUAUUAGAGGCGUAACCAAUCGCCUCGAUGCCUGAUGCCUGAUGGCCGAUGCCUUAUGGCUUAUUCCCGAUGCCAGGGUGUCCGUCCAAUGGUCCAAUGGCCAUCACCAGCACCAUCACCAUCUUCGCUUUUAGCCAUUAGCAGUGGUAAGCGCGUUCGCUUCGCUAUUUGCCUUACAUCGAAUCACUAUUAAGGGCUCAGGCUGCCAAUUCGCAGUGUCUACACAAAUUUGAUUAAGUUUCCUUCUGGGCAGGCGGCUUCCGUGUGCGGUUUGGGGAAAGUGUUAUGUUAGUGCCAAGGCGGUUUUCAUCUUGUUCGAAAGUAAAUUAUAGACAAUCGAUCACAAGACUGUGGGCUGUGUAAUUGUCUAGCCUCCAAUUUCCAGUCGAGAAAGUUGAGUUUUCCUCGGGCUGGGCAUCUGUAUCUGAAUUAAAUAAAGUGUUAUUAAACGGAAAUAUAAAACUUUUUAGGACAAUGCGCCUAUAAAUGAUUUUUGUAUAAAGCAAUAUAGAUUAACUAAUUCCUAAUCAAUGCAGUGACCGCACAAUAUAUUUAAAAUAAAUUUUGGCCGCACAACCAUUACAAAAGCGAAUGCCACAGAAAUACUUCUAGUACAAAAGAGUACAAAAUUCUGAAAAUUCGUCGCACAAACACCAAAUUAAAAAAACAAGUGUACAAAAAACUACAAUCAUGUAAUUAAAAUUCCACUUGAAAGUAAAUUUACGACUAAGCUUUAAAACAAAAGCAACCAAAAAAGCAGCUACAAGAAAAGAAUGACAUUGCCGACAAGAAAAGACAACGAGAACUGAAAAAUAAUUACGGCCCAGAACAAUAAUAAUAAGCAACAUGAGCAGCCUGUCAACCAGAGGAGGAGGAGGAGGAGGAGCAGGAGGCUCCAGCGGAGGAUCGGGGGAAGCAGAUGAUGCUGCCGCUGCCGCUGCUCCUGCUGUUGGACAGGCAACAGUAACGGCCACUGGCAACAUGGAGCCGGCGAUGGUGCCACGUACCGCCAAUUUGCUGGCAUGCAAACAAUGGUGGCGCGUCUGCUUCUUGUACGGGGACCAGCAGAAAUAUUAUCGACAGCUCUAUAGCAAGGCGGCGGCCCAGCGGCUGGCGGACGCUAAUCAGGAGCCCGACAAUGCCCGCGAUCGGGAGUACGACACCGUGGACUGCGAUCUUAUCGCCGGGCAAUUAGAUGCCGGCGAGGAAGCGGACGAUGGCAUCGAUCUGGGCGAUCACUUGGCGACCACGAAGGGAGCAGCGGUACCGGCGGGCCGUCCACUCUUCCCGCUCUCCUCCCCGCCGCGGCGCAGCAAGAAGCUCCUGAGAUCCUUGCGAACCCAUGUGCGCGAGAAGAAGCUGCCGAAGAACGACACUGCGACGGCCAACGAGUCCAGCGAGGUAACCCAGCGGAAUGCCAGGGUUACCGUACUCGACGACCCCUUUCUAUUCGGCAUCGACGCCGAUCACCUGGGAGAUCUCGUGGUGCGUGGCAAGCGGUACAGUCCACUGGACGUCGCGGAGCAGGAGGCCACGGCCCAGGUGCUGGAGAUCAUCGAGCAGGAGGAGGAGUCUUCGGAGCAGGAAGCUCCCAAGCCCGCCCUACCGCCCAAGCAAAAGCAGCAGCGUCCGGUGCCUCCAUUGCCACCACCACCAGUGAACCGGGUCACCCAGGACCAAGGAGUGCAACCUGCAGCACCACAAGUGCCCCUGCAACCCCUGACCGCCGGCGAUCUACAGUUUCUAAACUUGAGCCUGCGGCAGAGGAGUUUACCGCGCAGCAUGAAGCCGUUUAAGGAUGCCCACGAUAUCAGUUUCACUUUCAACGAACUGGACACGAGCGCCGCACCGGAAGUGGCCACAGGAGCCACAGGAGCCGCCCAGCAGGAGUCAAAUGAGCCCAUCAGCCGCACUCCGCUUACGCAGAUCUCCUAUCUGCAGAAGAUCCCCACGCUGCCACGCCACUUCUCGCCCAGUGGGCAGGGCCUGGCCACGUCCUCCGCCCUCGGCAGCGGUGGCAUGGGUCUGCCCAGCAGCUCCUCCGCCAGCGCCCUCUACGCAGCCCAAACGGCGGCCGGAAUCCUGCCCACCUCCCCGCUCCCCCUGCAGCGCCACCAGCAGUACUUGCCGCCGCACCACCAACAGCACCCAGGAGUGGGUAUGGGAUUGGGCAUGGGACCGGGACCGGGACCAGGAUCGGUGGCUUCAGCAGGACCGCCCCUUGGCCCCCAGUACACCAAUCCCAAGUACUCAAAUGCCCAGCUGCCGCCACCGCCGCACCACCACCACCAGCUCUCGCCGGCUCUAUCCACACCCUCGCCACCCUCGCUGCUCCACCAUCCCGCCGGCGGCACUUCAUCCGCCUUGGGCCAGGUUCCCUUCCUGGGCGGACCGCACAUGGACAUGCAGCGCCAGUCGCACUCGGACGACGACAGUGGCUGCGCUCUGGAGGAGUACACCUGGGUGCCACCUGGACUGCGGCCUGAUCAGGUUCGCUUGUACUUCUCGCAGAUACCCGACGACAAAGUGCCAUACGUCAACAGUCCCGGGGAGCAGUAUCGUGUGCGACAAUUGCUCCAUCAACUUCCGCCGCAUGAUAACGAGGUUCGUUACUGUCACUCACUGACGGAUGAGGAGCGCAAGGAGCUGCGGCUCUUCUCCACGCAGCGCAAACGCGAUGCCCUGGGCCGCGGCAACGUGCGGCAGCUGAUGAGCGCCCGACCCUGCGACGGCUGCGAUGACCUAAUCUCCACGGGUGACAUCGCCGUGUUCGCCACGAGACUGGGUCCCAAUGCCAGCUGGCAUCCGGCGUGCUUCGCCUGCUCCGUUUGCCGCGAGCUCCUCGUGGACCUCAUCUACUUCCACCGGGAUGGGCGCAUGUACUGCGGACGCCACCACGCCGAGACCCUAAAGCCCCGCUGCUCGGCGUGCGAUGAGAUUAUCCUGGCAGACGAGUGCACGGAGGCGGAGGGCAGGGCGUGGCACAUGAACCACUUCGCCUGCCACGAGUGCGACAAGCAGCUGGGCGGGCAGCGGUACAUCAUGCGGGAGGGCAAACCGUACUGUCUGCACUGCUUCGACGCCAUGUUCGCCGAGUACUGCGACUACUGCGGGGAGGCCAUUGGGGUGGACCAGGGCCAGAUGAGCCACGACGGGCAGCACUGGCACGCAACGGACGAGUGCUUCUCCUGCAACACGUGCCGCUGCUCGCUGCUGGGUCGCGCCUUCCUGCCGCGACGAGGAGCCAUCUACUGCUCCAUUGCCUGCAGCAAGGGGGAACCGCCCACGCCCUCGGACAGCUCUGGCACCGGCAUGUACACCACGCCCACUCCGCCCACACAGCGAGUGCGCCCCCACCCACAGGCGCCUCUGCCAGCGCGCAUCCCAAGCAGCCACGCCUCCAGCUCGCCGCCCAUGUCGCCGCAGCAGCAGCAGCAGCACCAGGCGACCUUCAAUCAAGCGAUGUACCAGAUGCAGAGCCAGCAGCUGGAGGCGGCGGGGGGACUGGUGGAGCAGAGCAAGAGCUACGCCGCCUCGGACUCGGAUGCGGGCGUGGUGAAGGACUUGGAACAUGGCGGACACAUGGGCGGAGGAGAUCUGACGGACUUUUCGGGGGGUCGCGCCUCCAGCACCUCGCAGAACCUAUCGCCUCUGAACUCACCCGGCGACUUCCAGACCCACUUUCUGCCAAAGCCCAUGGAACUGCAGCGCGACGGAGUGUACAACUUCAACGAGAUGUCCUCGAACCUGGACGCAGCCUGGCCAGCGAAGCCCACCAACAGCUACCAUCUGCAGAGACAGCUCCUUGAGAACCCACACACUUCCAGCAUGCCGGAACUUGCGGGAAAACUGGUGGCGCCUUCUGCACACAUGCAACACAUGUCCCAGCUGCACGCCGUCUCCUCGCAGCAGUUCCAGCAGCACGAGUACGCGGACAUCCUGCAUCCGCCGCCGCCACCGCCGGGCGAGAUUCCCGAUCUGCCCACUCCCAACCUAAGCGUGGCCUCCACCGCCCUGCCACCCGAACUGAUGGGCUCACCCACCCACUCGGCUGGCGACAGGUCGCUGAACACACCCCUGUCCACACAGUCGGCCUCGCACGCGCCCCCACAUCCGGUAUCCAUACUAAGCGGUGCCUCCUCCUCCUCGCCGAUGAGCGGGGAGCCGGCCAAGAAGAAGGGCGUGCGCUUUGAGGGAAUUCCGGACACCCUGCCCCGAUCGCGCAGCUACUCGGGCAACGGAGCGGGAACGAGUGGUGGCGGCGAGAGGGAGCGGGAUCGGGACAAGGACAAGGAGGGAGGCGGUCGCCAUGGUCACGGCCACUCCUCCCGAAGGCGAAGACGUCGCAAGUCCUCCAGCAGCUCAUCGCACCAUCGCAGCGGCAGCGGCCAUCGGUCGCACUCGACCACUCGAGCGGACACCUAUGCGCCUGCCGAGCCCCUAUCCUCGUCCUACCAAAGUCCGCCAUCUCUGCUACAAGCUGCCAACUUGGUCCACGAGUCGCCCAAGGGACAGCAGAGGGAACGGGAGAGGGAGCGGGAACGGGAGCGAGAGCGGGAACGCGAGGAGUCCGAGGAGUCGGACGUGUGCUCCACCUGCUCCUCGAGCUCCUCCAGCUCGGAGGACUACAUGAUGAUGUACCAGCUGCCGCAGAGGCGCCACUACGGCGGCGUGCGCGUGAGCUAUGUGCCCAACGAUGCACUGGCCUACGAUCGGAAGAGGAAGCCCAGUGAACUGGGCGGCGACAAGGACAAGAACUGCAUCAUCUCGUGAUGCCGCCUGCCGGAAGGGUUCCAAUCAGAGCCCAGGCUCGAGUACAGAUGCAGAUGCACAAGUAAAUCGAGAUCUUAUUAAUGUGGCGCCACGGGCAACUCCAUCUCGUGGCUAACGAAGUGGCCCAGAACGCUCGCGGGGAUCAUAAAUUCCUCGGAAGGGAGGCAAUUGCCUCUCCACCAAGCAAAAUAAAGUUCAACUUGACAUUAAGGCGCCUAGUUAAGAUACACUCACAAACAUACAUAUGCAACUCCGGAGGAGGAGACCCUACGAUAAGAGCCAACACUGUUCCAAAUACACAUCCCUAGUUAAGCUAAUUGAAGAUUGAACUAUAUAUUAUUACUAUUGAUUACCGGUAGCGUAGCGAAGAUACAUUGCAGAUAACCCUAUUUAUACAUUUUAUUUAUAUUUAUCUAUAUUUAUCGCAUUCUAGGCUUCCCAUAUACGGUGAGUAUAUGCCUAGACAAUUAAGUAGAACCCUGAAGUUGACGAUUGGGCUAAUGAAACUCUACAAUAACAUAGGUUAAGCGGAAUCACUGUAUGACAUUCACGAGAAUAAAGUUCAAAAGGAGUAA